AUGAAUACCAUUAUUAAAAAGACGAUUAUACUUGCAGCUGUUGCUUUUAUAACAUAUCUUACUUUUACUAACUUGUAAAGCACCUAAUUCUUAAAGAAAGAAACUAUUGCAUGUGAUGAAGGACUUUAUUACUGCUUUAGUUAAUGCAGAGAGUAUGAAAGUUGCGAAAAGCUAUAAAGAGAUUUCGAUAGAAAUAUGAAUAAACUAGAAAAUGGAGACCAAAUUUGCAUACGUCCUAUGCAUUUGUGUGGAGAUGGUAGAUGCUACUCUGGAUGGUGUCCAUAGUGA